AUGAUUCACAAGCAGCAGCUUUCUAAUGCUCAGAAAAUAUGGUAUCUCAAAGGUAGUUUAACAGGAGAAGCAGAAGGUUUAGUCCGACACCUGUCAAUAACCAACGAGAAGUAUCAAACGGCAUGGAAUUUGCUACAAGAACGAUAUCACAACAAAAGAAUUAUUGUAGCAACAAUCACUCAAAGAAUUCUAAAUCAACCAAUAAUAUCAACGAAUCCUUCAGCGACAGAAAUAAGGACACUCCAUGAUGCUACUUUUGAAGGAUUGCUGGCACUGAAGAAUGUGGGACUCGAAACUGAUUCAUGGUCGCCGUUACUGCUUCAUAGUUUGCUCCUCAAACUAGAUAAGCAGACUCGCAUUUUGUAUGAACAGUCGCUGACUCAUCCAAGAGAGAUUCAGUCGAUUAAGGAGUUCAUGAUUUUCCUGGAAUCACGAUUCCAGUCCUUAGAGGCGAUUGGUCAUAGGGAGAAGCCAUGCUCAGCAAAAACCCUUGCCACAACGAUGGGAAAGGCAAAUAUAUCAACCUGUAAGAUCUGUAAUAAUGGAUCACAUCCGAUAUAUUAUUGCAAAACAUUCUUGCAAUCAACACCACAAGGUCGUAUCAAGACAGUACAAAAACUUAGACUGUGCUUGAACUGCUUACGUACAGGCCAUAGGGCAGCAGAAUGCAAAAGUUCCCGAUGCAACAAGUGCAGCAAGAACCACAAUUCGUUGUUGCACUUAUCAGAGUCUUCCAAGACAACAUACAAAUCGAUCAAUGUCAAAUCAGAUUCAUUGGUUGAGAAACCCGGUCAUCAACCUUCUACUGUAAUCACAGCAUUAACACAAAAUAAGGGAUACGUUCUUCUUAGUACAGUUAAUAUGAAAAUAGCUACGUUUGAUGGUGAUUUCAUUGAGUGCAGAGCAAUACUCGAUUCUGGAUCACAAAUAAACUUAAUCACAGAAAAACUGGCAAGAAAAUUAAAAUUGCAGUUACACUCAUCACCGUUAUGGAUAGAAGGAAUUGGUAGAAGCAAAAGGGACACAAAAUACAGUGUGACAACGAAAAUUCAGUCUCGAAUUAAUGAUUUCAAUGUAAAUAUCAACGCAUUCGUGAUGCCUCGAAUUAUCUCAGCCCAACCAACACAGUGUCUGGACACUUCUGGUUGGUCAAUUCCUCAAAAUAUAAAAUUGGCUCAUCCAGACUUCGCGAAUCCAAAUCAAAUUGACUUAUUAAUUGGAGCAGAGUUCUAUCACAGCUUUUUAUCGAUUGGUCAAAUCAAAAUAGGUGAGGGUCUACCUGCACUUCAGAACACGGUUUUCGGAUGGAUAUGCAGUGGCAAAGUUAGCAACGGUAAUCAAAAAUUACUUACCUGUGGCAUGUGCAGCGAAGCUGACGACGAAGCAUUGGAUAAUAUACUUACUAAAUUCUGGCAAUUGGAGGAAAUCAAUCAAACGGAUGACAAAUUCACUGAUGCAGAAAAGAAAUGUGAAGAAUCUUUUGCUCAAAAUACUCACCAUAAUCAUGAAGGGCGAUUUGUC